AAACGAAUCACGAGGAGGUGGUUCACGAGGACGUGGUAGCUCACGAGGACGUGGUACCUCAGGCAAUGGGCAAACCGUUCGAGCUACAAAUCCUACUAAUACUCCACUUGCUCAAGACAUUUCUCAAGAAAAUGAAGACCGGAUACUAUUUACUAGCCGAAGAAGAAAAUCACGGGGGAAUUGAUGAAAGUAUGGAAACUGAAGAUGAGCAAGCAGAUGAAGAUACUGCACAACUACCUUCCACAUCUAAGUUACCAGAAGGAGCGCAUUCUAUCCCGAUUUUUGAGCAAAGCAAAUGGCCAAAAUGGAGGAAGACUUGUUGGACUGAUUGGCAUGGAUCAUCGGGAAAAGUACUUGCAAAGUGCAAGUUCUGCAGUUCUGGUAUCUAUCAUUCUGGAAACAAAGACUCGUAUUCAAAUUUUUUAAGACAUAUCAAAAGGAAUCAUGUUGAGGAAUAUGGCAAAAUUCCUAAAUCCUAUCCUAAAUCCAGUCUCAGACAAUCUUCGAUGACCCCGUUUGUUUGCAAUGGAAAGAAAACUUCUAAGGCCAAAAAAGAACAGUUAGAUAAAUUGGUUACUUUAAUGAUCUGCAAGGACAACCUUCCCCUUACGAUUUUAAAACGAGAGGGGUUUCGGAAUUUGAUGGCCGUUGCAGUUCCAGAUUACCAAAUUCCUUCUUACGAAUGAAUGCGAGAGACACUCAUUCCACAUCUUUAUGAGGAAGUUGCAACAACAGUUAAGAAACGUCUUGCCUCGUCCCCUGUUUGUUCAGUAAUGAUGGAUUUGUGGUCUUCUAAGUCAAUGGAAGGAUUCUUGGGUGUAUCAUGUUCUGCGGUGACUUGUGACUAUGAACCCUUUACAGCAUUUCUCUCCCUCCGUGAGAUGCCAAAGAAUCAUACGGCAGCAGCAAUCUUUGCGGAAUACGAGUCUACGAUUGAGGAUUGG